AUGUUGCAGCCUCCGAUGAUCUCGAGCCCGCUAAAGCAGACGAAUGAAAUAGACUGGAUUUACCCCCUAAAAAAUUACAUCAGGCAGACGUACGGCGAUGACCCUGAGAGGUAUGCAGAGGAGUGCAAUACCCUCAAUAGAUUGCGACAAGACAUGCGAGGAGCAGGCAAAGAUAGCACAGCUGGAAGAGAUCUUCUAUAUCGCUACUACGGUCAGCUGGAGUUGCUAGACCUUAGGUUUCCGGUCGAUGAGAAUCACAUCAAGAUUUCGUUUACAUGGUUUGAUGCCUUCACGCAUAAGCCUACUGCUCAGUACUCACUUGCGUAUGAAAAAGCAUCCAUCAUAUUCAACAUUUCUGCGGUGCUCUCGUGUCAUGCUGCCUACCAAAAUCGCUCCGACGAGACUGGGCAGAAAACGGCAUAUCACUCAUUCCAGGCAGCUGCUGGGAUGUUUACCUACAUCAACGAGAACUUCUUACAUGCGCCAUCUACAGACCUGAGUCGAGAGACAGUCAAGACUCUGAUUGCCAUAAUGCUGGCACAAGGUCAAGAGGUAUUCCUUGAGAAGCAAAUAGCUGAUGGAAGAAAGGUUGGCCUGCUUGCUAAACUUGCAAGCCAAGCAGCGUCUCUGUAUGCCCAAGCUGCCGAGGGCGUCCAAGACAAUGUAUCUCGGGGAGUGUUUGAUAAGCUUUGGCUACAUCUUACUCAAGUGAAAGCAAACUACUUGUCGUCUAUCGCUCAGUACUACCAAGCACUUGCCGAUGACGACGCUAAUUCUCAUGGCAUCGCUAUUUCUCGACUUCAGAUUGCAGAAACCGAAGGCAAGGACGCGGCUCGAAUCGCUAUUUCAUUUCCAUCCACAGUGUCCGCUGCCUCGAAUCUUGGCUCAGAGACCGGGUCAAGUCUCGUAGAGAUGACCAAAAAGCAUCUAGCGAACGUCCAGGAAAGGUUAGCAAUUUGCAACAAGGACAAUGACUUUAUCUAUCACCAGACAGUGCCUGCCGAAGCUGCCUUAAGCGGAAUACCAAAACUGCAAGCAGCAAAGGCAAUACCCGUGAGUGAUCUAUACCAAGGACAGGAUAUCCAACGCAUUAUAGGCCCCGAUAUCUUUCAAAAGAUCGUCCCAAUGUCCGUUACCGAGUCAGCAAGUCUGUACGAUGAAGAAAAAGCAAAGUUAGUCCGUGCUGAGGCAGAAAACGUGGAGACUGCCAACGGAGAGAUGGCCGCCAGUCUUGAUUACCUGAAGCUCCCCGGAAGUCUCAACGUUUUGAAGGGGGGUAUGGAUCAGGAGACGAGUUUAGAUGAGGGAUUUCGGACUUGGUGUGAGGAGCUCGCAGGCCACGAGCCUUUCGGAAGCGCAUUCGAUCAACUUCAAAGAGAAAGAUCUAGCGUAUUGAGUACGCUGGAGAGAUGUACCAAACAACUAGACAUGGAGGAAAGUAUCUGUGAGAAAAUGAGAUCCAAAUAUGGUGGAGAUUGGACGCAACAGCCAAGCUCCAAGCUGACCUCAACGCUUCGCAGCGAUAUAAUGAGCUAUAGAGGUGCGGUCGAAGAAGCGAGUGGUAGCGACUCGCAAUUACUUCAUACUUCGCGGCAAUAUGAAUCGGAUUUUGACGAAAUGCGCUCAGCUGGCGAACUUGAUGAGGCUGAUGUGCUGUAUCAGCGCGCUUUGCUCAGUGUAGGGGCAAAUCGCGGUAAGAGCAGGAAUGGUGUUGGUAGUCCAAUGACACCAAACAGAGAAGGAAACCUCCUUGACGACGAUUUCGGCGAAGGGGGUCUUAGCGUCAUGGACCAGAUUGCCAAAGUUGAAGAUCUGUUAAGAAAGCUGGACUUGAUCAGACGGGACAGGACACAGGUGCUCAAAGACCUCAAGGAAAAGGCCCAUAACGAUGAUAUAUCUAACGUACUUAUUCUGAACAAAAAAUCGAUAUCCAAUCAUGAGAACCAGCUUUUCCAGUCUGAGCUCGAGAAAUAUAGACCUCAUCAAAAUAGGUUACUGCAGGCAACUCACAAGCAGACGGCGUUGAUGAAAGAAUUGACAAAGACUUACGGUAUCCUUCUUCAAGACAAGCGGGUCAAGUCAGAACAGGCAAAAUACGAGGCCUUCACUAGACAACGCAACUCUGUCCUGACAAAGUACAAGAAAGUAUUUCAAGCUUUCAAUGACCUAGUCCAGGGACUGAUGAGCGCGCAAAGCUUCUACUCCGAGAUAAAGCAAACCGCAGAGAGUCUCGAAAAGAACAUCGAGCAGUAUGUCAACAAUCGCCGUACAGAGGGCGCAAAUUUGCUCAAUGGAAUCGAACAAGAGAAGGGAAGCAAUGCUGGAAGCCAGGCGGACCGAGAGCGAGAUAGGUUGCGCGAGCUCAUGGAGCGAAUGUCGGUCGAUCCAUCAUCCUCGUCACCAACAAAGUCUAGCUUAUCACGUCCGAGCCCAUCGUCAAGGCCAUCGCAGUCCAAAGACUUAUACGCCUCCAAAUCUCCAGUCAUAUCGUCAACAUUCUACUCGAAGAAAGCUUCAAAUUACGGAAAUGGCAAUGUAUCCGUGAAGUCACCAGUGUCUACGGCUUCCUAUCAGGGUUUUGCGCAGCACACGCCAGAUGUCAGUCACCAGCAUCUAAACACCAGGGAUACAUUGCCUUCUUCUUCCGAUCCCUAUAACCCGAUGGUGUAUCCAUAUCAAUCGCCUGCGUCUUCGCCUCCUUCUCAGCCGGCUCAAAGUCACCCACAGUACCCGCCGCAGCAAAAUCAGUACCUUCCUCAUGGCUAUGUACCACCCCCUCCUCCACCUGGGCCCCCACCAGCUUCGCAAGGGAACUUUGGCAUUCCUGGUUAUCCCUAUCCAUCCGGCGCUGGCGCCUACGCUCACCAUGUGCCUCCUCGGCAAAGCAGCACUACCCAACCGCAGGCUGAUCCCUGGUCAGAGCUCAAUGCUUGGAAGUGA